GCAAAAGUUUUUGUUUGCGAGUGGGGCAAGGAGCGUCCGAAAUUCUGUCUUUUCAGCAAACAUGCCUCCGAAAAAGCGGGACAAGGACAAUGAUAGCGCGGCCAAGAGCGUCCAGAUGGACCAGAUGAACCACGAGCUGUUCCUGCAGGCCUUCGAGAAGCCCACGCAGAUCUACCGGUUCCUCAAGACCCGCAGCCAGCUCUCGGCGAUUUUCCUGCCGAGGACGCUGUCGUUUAUGAAGUCGCGGAUGUCUCGCUCACACAAGGGCCGCAAGGACUUCAAGGUGAACAACAUCUUGGCCCAGGUGGUAGCCAACAAGAAGAAGGAAGCAGCCCCAAUGGCAGACUUCAUGACCAUCACCUUCCUCGGGAUCUAUGAUAAAAAAUUAAAUGGUGAUUGUGAACCGGUAAAUCUGGAGACAAUUUUGCACAAGGUGUGCCACAAGAAGAGGAAAGAUGUGACGUGUCCGAGUCUUCAGGUGGUGCUAGGAGAAAGCCAGGUGCCUCUCAAUCCCAGCGAGGAGCACCCUCCAACACAGGCGCCAACAGUGUCCAUUCCAACCGAUUCUUUCACAAGAUCCAACAACAACCUGGCCAAGUCGUUUAAUCUAAUGCUUAAGGCGCUCAACAUGCCUCAACUGCCCGUCGAGAUGGAAAAUGGAGAGCCUGCAGCGAAGAGGCGCCGAAGGGACGACGAAAACAUUUACACAGCUGAACUUUUGCUCUUCGACAAAAACAAUCACUGCAAUUUAGUGGCUGGUGAUUACGAGUUGGCCUUGAAGAAAUUUGAAGUGCCCACCCGGACGUCCAAAGGCAGGGUCAACACGUGGGACAAUGCUUUGGAAGUUCCUGUGGAGCUUAAUAAGGGGUCUGGCCAGCUAGAGCUUUUUAGAUCAGGUCCUGUUGUAAAGUUUCGUCUUAACUGGGCAAGUGAGGCUAGCAGUGGAAUGGUCGAAAGGCCACGGAUGCUUGAAUCCUCCCCUUCAACAGAGAGCACCGGAGACAAAGAGAACGACACCCCAACUUCAGACGGACAGAUAAACGCAAGUGCCUCUAGUAACAAGAAGAAAGAAGGACAAAAGUUGCAAAUAGUUUACCAGUUCCUUUACAAUAACAACAGCCGUCAGCAAACAGAAGCUUGUGACGACCUCCACUGCCCUUGGUGCUCCUUAAACUGCGGCUCGCUGUAUGCCCUGCUGAAACACUUGAAACUCAACCAUCCCCGCUUCUGUUUCACUUAUGUCCCGCUUCCUGAUGCAACAAGGAUCGACGUGUGCAUUAACGAGUACUUUGAUGGCUCUUAUUCCGGCAACGCCAUUGAUGUGAUUGCACAGCCUCCUGGUCUGGCAUUCAGCCGUGACGGUCCAGUGAGGAGGACCAGCAUCACCAAUGUGCUGGUGUGCAGACCAAAAAGACAAGCGCAGAAUAUGAUGGAGUUCCUGGAGCCAGAUGAUCCUGACUUUGAAAACCAAAGGUCUUUCACCACUGGCCACAAUCGACUGUAUCACCAUACCGAGACUUGCCUACCGAUUUUUCCUAAGGAAAUGGACGAAGACUCCGAGGAAGAAUACGACCCGCCUUGGCUGCAGAAGAAGACAACGAUGAUGAUUGACGAAUUCACAGAUGUCAAUGAAGGCGAAAAAGAGCUCAUGAAAAUGUGGAAUCUGCAUGUCAUGAAACAAGGCUAUGUUGGUGACUGCCAGAUCCCUUUGGCCGUUGACAUGUUCAUCGAGGUCAAGGGUGAGGAAAUCAUUGCCAAGAACCUUUUCCGAAACUUCGUUGUGCACAUGUCCUCGCUUUUCGACUUUGGCCUGAUCAGUGCAGUCGGCGUUUACACCACCCUGCAGAAGCUUUUGGAAAAGGCCAGCAACCAGGAAGCAAAGAAGAAGCUAACAGAAAACUGGAAGGCCCAGCGAGAACACUGGCAGGCUUGCCAGAAGCCUCCGGUGCUGUCCCCCAACCAUCCCACGGUCAGUGAAAAAAAUUAGUUCUACCUUAAUCAAGCGCACACGCAGCCCUUGUGGGGCACGCUCGACUGAAACGAGGCGUCUGUAUUGUAUUUCUUCACUAUCAUGAUUUUACCUAAUUUUAACUUGCUAUUAUAUCAAUUUUUGGCACUAUUUAUCAUUCAGGUUACCGAACCAGUCUCAUAUUAAUUAUCCCACGUCGCUUACUUCUGCUUGCACGCAGCAACGUUUUUAGGUUAAUUUUUACAUUUGGGCACUAUUUUUGUAUAAUAUCAUCAUGUGUAGUGUGUCGUGACAGGGAUUCUCCGUUGAGUAAAUUUGAGUAACUGAUUUAAAGUAGUUGCUAACUCAAGUUAUUUGUGAUAUAUUAAAUAAAAAAAUAAAAGAAUGUAAUGUCACUUAAA